UAAAUGCUAAUUGUGUUUCUAAUUUCAGAGUUGGUUUGAUAAAAACUAAGACGGUCCAACUUCAAAAUUAUCCUGUGAAACCGUAAUACACUGAGACGCACGGUGCUAUCAAGUUUCCCGUCAAGUUUAUUUCUCAAUAUCCAGCCGGGGCUUUUCCUCUUUUUCAACUAAUCUAUUAGAAAUGUCUCAGCCCAACCAAGCCCCAGGAGGACCCGGAGCCGCUCCCGGCGGACCAGGCCAGCCAAGACCACAGGGGGGAUCGACGAAGCGCUUCCAGCAGACUCAAGCUCAAGUAGAAGAGGUAGUAGACAUCAUGAAAGUGAACGUGGACAAGGUGCUGGAAAGAGAUCAGAAGUUGUCGGAGCUAGAUGAGAGGGCAGACGCUCUACAGGCAGGAGCAUCCCAGUUCGAGACCAGCGCCGGAAAACUGAAGUCGAAGAUGUUCUGGAAAAACAUGAAGAUGAUGAUUAUUCUGGGCAUCAUCAUUGUGCUAGUGAUAGGUCUAGGCGUCCUCUACUUCACUAAAGGCUAGAGCUAAGAAGAAAGGAAACAACAAUUGAUGAGAACUUUUGAAAGAGGAUAACAAGGCCGACAGACACCGCCACGAUAUUCUAGCAUCUUCAUAUAUAUAUAUAUUCUGUGUUCCUUAAAUGUCUUUCACGUCACGACAGACCUCGGGGCUUUUCCUUGUUGAAAAUGUCUGGUGGUAAAUUACUUUAUCGAACUUUUGAAUCUUGCUGUGUAUGAAAGUGUAAAUUAAGUUAAGUUAACCAAAGCGAUAUGCAUCGAAGUAGAAUUGUAUCCAGUCAAAUAGAGCAGAUGUCGUUUGUUUUAUGUUUUGUAUUCCUUCCUACAGACAGGCUUAAUGAAGUUGCAAUAUUUCCCAGAAUUUUGGCUCUAUGUAUCAUAUAACUCUCGCUUCUCUAAAAUUUACUCAUCAUUACUGCAUCAACUUGCACGUAGAUGUUCAGUGUUAAAUUUGAGGCCCUUAAAGCUAAAUCUGCAGUAGUCACAAUUGGUAAGCCGAUAUUAUUCUCUAAAAGAAAAUAAGUGAGAGAUCAUAGUUGCAGAAUUAGAACCAUUCAAAACAUUGAAUCUUCGGUCUACUCAGUGUUUUGGGUCGAAUCAGUCUUGUACUUAGAUAAGUUUUUGGCUUUUUUCCAGUAUCCUACUUGAUUUUCACAAACUUCAGUUUUCUAAAGGCUGUCUAAGAGGGUUUUCUGUAAAAAAAAAUCACAAAAUAUGCUAGUAUGAACAAGUGAACAGAAAUGAAAAGAUCACUGUAUAUGGAUUUUCACGCAACUUAUUGUAAUUUUAAAGAACUCUGUGGGGUAGAAAUCUGGAAAAGAGACCAUUCUUUGAAAAUAAACAAAACGCUAAUGAACCAACAAAUCCCCCCCCCCCCCCCCCCCACCACCCCAACUCAACACGUGCUUCUCUCUCUCCGGCGGCUGUCUUGAUUGUGACCUGCCUUGUCCCCUGUUUGAUCUUACUUAACUGUACUCUUCUUCAUGUUCGACUCUAAAUCCAAUCGGCUUUCACCAAUCGCUGCAAUUUCAAAUUUGUAUAUAGAGAAUAGAAUCCAAUCUAAUUUAUGUGAAAGUUAUUAAUUAAUUCGGUUAUUAUGUAUCUUGAAAUAUAAACACUUUCUGGGCCAUCUUUCAACAGCGCCAUGUUAAAGUGAAUCUGAAACUUGUCUUAUCUUAAUGAGAGCAGAAGAGCAAUCAGAAAUAGAAACUACUAUUACGAUGAAAAAGAAUAAAGGCUAUUUUAUGUCGUAUUUCAGUCAUUUCAAAAUAACAUUUGUUUAUUCCAUUUUUUUAAAGUAAAUUGGUUGAUUUUGUUUGGUUAACUCCAUCUAAUCAAGGUUGCUGUAAUGAAGAAAUGGCCUAUUGGGGUAUUUUGCUGCUUCUAAUACCAAUACUAGCACUGUGGUUCAAAUGCUAACAUGAUAAGCAGUCGCUCCAUUUCCCUUCGUUUUUCUUCCCUUCUAAAUUUGUUUUGUUCACUCCCUGACAAGCGAAGCCGACCAACACAACACAGGCAACCAAAAAUGAAGAUUGCACGCGUGCAGGUUAAUGUGCUCUAUCAGGCUAGCAAAGGGAGAAAAAGUGUUCUCAAUACUGUAUUGAAUAUUGUGGCAAAGCUCUUCCUCAUUUUCAUUUUCCCAUUUUUUCCAUUCAAAAGCUCCCUCUAAAUGCCGCACCGCAUGUGAAUUAAUCCAUAUACCAACACAUGUGCACAAAGUAAGCGAGCUGUGUUCCAUAAUCCAUGCUCUUUUCAUCAUGUGAAAUGAUGUCUUUUGAGUCAGUGACGCAAAAGCGAGCUGGUCUUCGAAAUGAGAUGAUAAAUCGCCAGUCAGGAAAAUUUAUGCGCACAGAAUUAAAGUGAAAAAAUGAUUAAAAGAUGACGUAGGUUGUGAGCUUUUGGGGUACACAAGGUUCAGAUUCAGGUCAUGUUGUUGAUGGUAAAACAUGUCAGCAGAAAAUGAAGUUUUCUAUGCAGUAACUUUUUUCGCUCCCGACUAUCAUAAUUGCCAUACUAGGACUAUUAGUGCCAAAAGCUAUCCUAAUUGUGGCUUUCUAAAUCCACAUUUAUUUUUGGGGCUGAAUAUAAAGUUUUAGACGUUAGUUGCAAACUUGUAUCUCUACUAUUGCUAUCACUUGAAGUUUGCUACUUACUUGGGGAAUGUGAAUUUGAACAAGUUAUGCGCUUAAUGCAAUUGAUGAAAUUAUUGAGCAAUUACCUUUUCUAAUAGCGUUGAUCAAUUUUAGCGAGAAUGAAUUUCUAUAUUUUAGAUGUUAAUAUUUGUAUAAUUUCAAAGUAUCAAUUAUGUACGCAAAUCAUUUGUAUCAAGCAAG